AUGGCACCUCGUAGGGUCAACGCCAGGUCGUCUUUGGCUGAUCAUACAUUUCCCCCUUUCUACGCUUGCUACUUGCUAAAAUCGAUCCGUACCCCGCGGUCAAAUGCGACAUAUAUCGGAAGCACCCCGAAUCCUCCGAGACGCAUCCGACAACACAACGGAGAGAUAAGCCAAGGCGCAUGGAAGACGCAAAGAAGUCGACCAUGGGUGAUGCAAAUGAUAGUCCACGGAUUUCCUUCCAAACUAGCGGCUCUGCAAUUCGAGUGGGCGUGGCAGCAUCCGCAUCUGUCGCGACAUCUUAAAGACGAUAAAGGCGCUAACCUCUUCACAAGUCCCCAGAAGUACUUCAAGACAAGUGUCUUAGUGGCGCGCACAAUGCUCGCAUCGCACCCCUACUCAUCUUGGCCUCUCCACGUUAAAUUAUUCACCGAAGAAGCUGCAAAGGCAUGGAACGAAGUAUCUCGUAAGAUAGAUGCGAAUGGCCUGCCUUUACCUCGCGGUUUCACCCACGCCACUGAGUUGGAAGGCGUAGAUGGAAAGUCCGGACUUAAAGGAACUGGCAGAACAGGUCCCAUUGAUGUGACAGACGAUACAUUCACUUCGUUGCACCUGGAAAAGUACAAGGGUAUCUUGAACGCGGGUGCAGCUCUGCGAUGUAUGGUAUGCAGUGCGAAACUGCAUGAUCCGCUGGAUCCGUCGGAAAUUGCAUUGUGCCCGAAUGGAGAAUGCACAUCGGUAGCACACCUUACCUGCCUGGCGCAAGACUUCCUUUCCCAGACAGAGGGGCACGCCAUGAUACCCAGAGGGGGCACAUGCCGAUCUUGUCACACCUACGUUCUGUGGGGCGACAUCAUCAAGGGAUGCUACAGGCUCAAAUCCGGAGGUGUGGGGCCUCUCCCGGCCGACGAAGACGACGAAGAGAGGGCUGGGGCUGCGAUGGAUGUCAGUGAGGAUGACGACGAACCUGCCGAGCAAGUGAAUUCGAGUCAGACCAGUCCUCGGAAGCGGACAACUCAGAAAGUGUCGAGGAAGAAGGCAAACAGGUCUCGUGGAAGGGGCAAAACGAAGGAACCGGCCGAGGAUGUCGGGGAGUUCUUCGACAUCGAUGCAGUGAGUGAGAUCGACGAGCAGUCCGAACUGGACGGUGUUCCUUCUCCCCGGACGAAGCCUCAGUCCAGAGCAGGGACAGAGCGGGG